AAUUUUAGGGCCCAGUUUCCCUGGUUGCGUGGUAUUUUGAUGGCCGCCAUGAUGCCUGUGCCAGGUUUGUAGUCGGUGUUUUAUUCCAGUUUGUCUUUACAAUCAAUCGCGUAUUGUUUUUCGUCAGUUAUUUCCUAAAUAUUAUUGCUUUUUUAAUUCUGACUUUUUAAGUUAUGAUUUUCUGCCUAUAUUAUGAUCAAACAACCAUCGAUAGUAGUCAGCUUUGUUACUGAACUCAUUUAAGCUUUGGUUUAUCACAUGUACAAUCAAUGCUUUUCGCCGUGGUUACUUUUUUAACAUGAAAUUAUUAUAGGGAAAUUUAGAGCUCACUAUGCGAACUAGACUGCUGCAUAUUCUAUUUAUUAGGAGCUAUUAUUACAUGUACCAGGUUUCUCAAAUCAGCUCAGUCUUAGAUUAAUAUCUCAUUGGUUAGUCGUUCCUUCUCAUAAAGAAUUUAGGUAAAAUCAAUACCCUAGGAAUAUGCUAACAUAUUAAUCCCCUCACACCUCAACCACCCAGAUCCACGUCCCUUCCAUCCUUUGUGUGACCUCAUCAGUUUCAAUAAUAUAAAGGUCUUUGACUUUUUAAUUGUGCAGGGGGGUGGGGAGUUGGUUGAGACAAUAAAUUAAUGAACAUGAGUCAUUGAAACAUCACAGAGAAAAACUUAGGGUUUGUACAGAGUCCUGAAUUCUUGGAAAAGUCUUGAAAUUUGCGAAGCAAAAUUGAAAGAAAGUCUGGGUAAAAGGUGAAAAGUCUGGAUUUUGUUUUCAAAAAAGCUACAACAAGUGCUUAGGGCUUAGUGUGGAAAAAGUCUUUUAGAUCAAAAAAAGCCUGUGCAAAUCCUGAAAACUAAAAAAGAACUGUUGAAGUGACCAGAAAACUCCAAUGAAAAUCGCUGAAAUUACGCCCAAGUCCAAGCAGGAAGAUGACAAAUGUCUCUAAGGGGAGUAUGUGAAUAGAAUGAAGAUAUGUGUCAAAUUCAGGCAACAAAUUAGGGUGUUCUGGUUAACCAAUUUCAAGUCAGUUAAACUCUACUUUAUUGCGUAUCAUUGGUAUUUGAUGUUUUAAUGUGUUAAUCUCAUCAGAAAAUAACAGUCAUAGUGUAGACAGUCCUAACUACAGAGACAAGUACAAGACACUGAAGAGGAAACUGAAGUUCUUGCUCUAUGUGAGUCACAUGGCAUCAAAAGCUAAGAAUGAAAUAAUAUAUUUAUUUUGCUUGAAUCUGUUCCUUAACUGUUGAACCAUUGAAAAUCUUCCUUGAUUUGAAAUACUUUUAAGCAGAAUGAUUAGAAGUUGGUUUCUAAGGGUGCUUACUGAAAGUCAAAACUUGGGGGCUGGACCGGUAAUCAUAUUUUGAACAUAAAGUAGGCUUACAAUUACUGUUGUAAAACCUAUCACUACCAAGCAUACCAAUAUGGAAUGGACGACAGUUCUGAUUAGUUGUGGAAUUCUCUAAUUUAUGAAUUAAAUGGUCUGGUUUGGCCAGCAAAUUCAAAUUUUGGAUUGUCUCAGUAUGGCCUCUGAGUUACAACCAACCGCUAAUAUACGUAAAGUUGCUACUUAUUAUUAUACCCGGCUGAAUUGCUGAAGUGUUUUUUAAUACUUAUUAAUAAUGUUAUUAUGUGCUUACUAUCACAGGAACAAGAAUAUUUUCAAGAAGAGCUCAGAAGAGUUCAGAAAAAACUUCUUCGAGUUUCUAGAGAUAAAAGGUACACAAAAGAAAUGAGUUAGUCUUAAAUCGUUUGUUUUCUUUCAAAAAAGAACAUUUUUAAAGUUCUUAAAACCAUUUAGUCGCAAUUAUUGAUUCUGAUUGGAGCCCCUGAUUUACCAUUCAUAUACAUUUGAUGAAGAUUAAUGGCAAUCACUAAAUUAAUGCAGUCUUUGUUCUUGGCUAUGAAGGGUUCAGGUCAGCUGCUGUCAAUAUUUAAAGUUGGAAUAUUAACUUUGAUCUAUAAUUUUUUUCUCUAGUUUUCUACUAGACAGACUCCUUCAGUAUGAGAAUGUGGAUCAUUCCUCAUCAGGUAAAACACUUACAAAUCUGUUUCUUUAACUGAGUGUUGUCCAGUUCAGAAACCCAACUCUCACGGUUUGACUGUGAGACUCAUGGUUUGGGCUGUCAACUCACGGUCUCACAAUUUAGCCGCUAAAUCUCACUGUGAACCAUAAAAUCUUGAAAUUGCCUGACAAUUCCAGCAGAAAUCGUGUCAUUUCAAAAAAUCUGUCUUCAUAAGGGACGAAAUGAAAUUCUAAUUCUGGGGGAAACCUGGGUCCAAUGUCAACCCCCAUUUGUAUGAAACAUAGGAUUGCUAAGAUAAAGCAAACUCAAAAGCAAACUCAAAAUGGCUACUCGCCAUCCUAUGGAUGUGGAUACUUGUGAAAUGGAAUCUCAAACUGACACAGGGAAUUUAAAGCCUUAGCCUCUGAAGAAAAAAAAAUUGCCAAAACAUCAUAUUUUGAAAAUCUCCAUGUCUGAGGUCCCAAUCUCCAUGUUUUUGGGUGCUUUUUUCAUAUCCUCCAGGUCACUCUAUCAAGUGACUACUCUCAACAAAAACAUGGUGAUUUUUAACCAAGUUUCUUAAAAAAAAUAACUUGCUUAACUUGUUAAGUGUAGAUGCUGGGUAAGCUAUGAGCAGACUGACUUGUCUUAUGCAAGUUGGAAUGGCCAGAGUGAGCUGGCAAGAAAAAUGGGACAAUGAAAAGUCAUCUCUGGCAGUGACAAACCCAAUAGUUUAUCUCUAACAGCAAAAUCUUAACUACCGGUAGUUAUGUCAACCUUGCCAUGCUAUCUGUGGUUUACGUGUUGAAAAUCUUAAUCUAAAUCCGAUACUUUUGUACUUAUACUUGUUUUAAUGUUUUUAGAUGAUGAGGGUACAGCAUCUUCCUCUGGGGUUAGCGACAAUGAAGGACCAAAGGCAUGUGGUGUUCAACUAGUUGCAAGUAUUCUUUCAAAUUAAAUAAAGAAAGCACCCAAAGGGUCAGAUGUCAUUCCUUGUAACAAACCCAUCUUGAAUAUAAUCAUUAGGAAGUGGGCUAAGUUUUUCUUUUAUUGAAAUAAAAAAAAAUAAUAAUAAAAUCAGCUAGGAUGUUUCAUGAUGAUCCAAGUUGAAGCCAACUGUGCUUUUCUCAGCAGUGUAGGAUAAGGCAGAAUUUUCCAGUUUGAGAACUCUAUGCCAGUGUCUGGUUGAGAUUUAGUUUGUACCUCACUUGCCCAUUGAUUGAAGAAAAAGCGAACAGAAAACACUUAACAUAGGAAAAUGUAGUGCAUGAUGAUUUCCAUUUUGUUUGUUUACAACUUUACUGUUCAUUAUUAUUUUUAUCAAUUAUGGUUUUUCUGUUCAAAUUUUAUUGUAGGUCCUGAUGGCAGAGAAUCCUACACCAUCUAGCAGGUAGGCUUUUAAACUUCUGUUCAUGACACUUAUUUUUAAACUGUUUAAAUAAUAUUAUUUAAACAGUUAUUGUUCUGGUAAAUGUAGAAGCUGUGGCUUUCAUAACUCUAAACUGAGGGUUAAAUUUCAGUUGGGCUACUUACGUUGCAGUGUUAAUACUAAAAUAGGGACACUUGAGGGCAGAGUUAAGUGUCUGCAAUAUCCUAAAAUAUUACUUUUCAAUUAGCAGGCCAAAGAAAGCACCUGCAGCCAUCAAUCAUGGACUUCCAUCUGAAAGUAUGGGGGUAUUUCCAUAUCCUUCUUCAGAUGGAACAAGCAGUGCUGUGAGUUAAUUCUUGAUUAAAUCUGUAACUUAUCCACAAAUUCCAAAGGUAUAAACCGACCAGGUCAAACACCUACCAUUGUAGCAUGUUAUUAGCAUAGACAGACAGCCAUUUGGAUGUGGGCACAACCUAAUGUACAAAUUUAUAAAUAGUGGUGCAGGAAUUAUUCUUUAAUAAGUUCUUCACCCUGAAAUUCCUAUAGUUAUAUGAUUUUCAUAGUUUCAUUAUUUCAUAGUCAGAUCCUUUCAUGGGUUUAUACCAAACCAACUCAAUGAGCUGUUCCCAGUUGGUAACUCAAUUGGCAGAGCACUGCACUGGUAUUGUAGAUGUCAAGGGUUCAAAUCCCAUGCUAGCAUUUUUUUUUUUUCAGGCUUCUUUUUGCAACUGUGUCUAUAACUGCAAUGAUCAUCUUUCAUUUAAAGCACAGAGGCUUUGAUUUUAUAAUUAUCAGAUUUUAAGAUUUCUUACACAGACUAACGGUAAAUGUUAGGCCAAUCUUGUACUGCAUAGAUGUACUGUUAGCAGUGCAAAAAUAAUGGAAGUACCUUUGAAUAGCUUGUAUUUCAAUUGUUGCCGUUUUGAAUGGUAAUUAUGUUACCUUUUCUUAAGAGCCCAAGUGGGGACUCCCAUAUAAAAGUGACGGGGAAGCUCCUCGGAAAAUUAAAAUUAAUCCCCCUAACAGAGACCAAUGUGGUUGUGGGUCAAGUUUAAACUGACCCUUGAGGGAGACCAUACUAAAACAGACAUCUAAAUAGGAGCUAGAGUGGUUUUUAUUGUGUUCUAUUUUAAACAUUAGAUUUCUGUGUGGUUGGUAUCAGAACAUUUUUUGUAAAUUUCUUUUUGCACAGCCCUAAGAGAUACCUGAAUUGGCAAACAUUGUGACCAUCCCAAUCACCUUAAGUGGGAUCAAGAUCUGCAAUUUACACGUGCACCCCUAAGCGAGACAACAAGCAUCCCUGUCACUUUUGUAUGGGAGUCCCCACCCAGCUUGAGAAAUAUAGGUUUUACUGGUUUACCCCAUUGUAGCCAGUUGACUAACAUUAAUUUCGUUUUCUUUAAUUUUAGGGAGGUGAAUCAACUACAGCUGCAUCCAAAACGAAAAGUUCAAUUCAAUGUAAAUAUGUGAAUAAUGUAAGUAGAGCAUCUUUGUUUACCUCGCACAGUUCAACACAUAACUAUUUUUAUAGUGUGAAAGGUUUAAACCCAAACAGGUCAAUAACCAGAGUUUUAAUAAUACUAUCAACUGAUGAUACAACUCACUUUGUCUCUGCAGAUGACUACCACAAAGGUUGUUGAAAUGUCAGUCACUAUUGACAACAGUCCUAUUUAAUUCAGGAGUGCAUUCUCACAGAUGAUCAUGCUCACUCUACUUUUUAUAGUUUUAUUCAAAGAAACUAAUAUAUUUUCUUUGAGUGCUUCUGCUUGAUAUCUUGUUUUUAGAGACCAGUAAUCAAGAAAGGCUUGAGUUGCUUUUGUUUUCUAAAAUGUGGUUUAAGGAUUGACGCAUAGCUACCUAAUUUUGUCUUGUACUCCUGGUCUAUAAACCCUCUUUCAGGUUAAUUCCCCAUAGAUCUAUCUAUCCGUUGGGUGUCUCUCUCUGUCAUAUCAUGGUUUGUCUCUUCCAUGGUGAACUCUGUCUUCAUUGGACACGUUGUUAGCUAUCUUAACAUCACUACUUAAGCCUGGAAUACUCACUAUUUGCAUGAUUGGGGGAAACCAGAAAUUGCAACGCUUUGCCAAUUUGGAAGCUUUAGAAAAUACAGGCUGUGUUGUGCCACGUCUUCUUGAGGUGCCCUUACUGUGCGCUGCGUCUGAUAUGAUACUGAUGUCUACAUUGUACUUCUGUGUUAGGGAAAUCAGUGUCAGGAGAGAAUCAGUAAAAGAUCCAAGUCAGGAUACUGCGGUGCUCACAGAACUGUUGUACGCAUCUCUAAACAAGGUCAGUUGAUAUUAGUUAUUGAUACAGCAAGAAAAGAAACAUUUUGAGAAAUUUAUAGGUGUAGUUUAAGCUGUUAUGUAAACAAUGGUCUAUGCAGUCAUUCUUUUGGAAUAAGAAAGAGACAUUUUUACUUUCAAUCUUACACAUGGGUCUAUGCUGCUACAGUACACAGCUUGCUGUCUACUGUUAUCCUUGUUAGCCUGAGCAUCAGGUGACGCCUUCCUUAGUGUUUAGGGAGAGAAGAUUCUCCUUUUUCCCCAGAAAUGCUCGAUACUCAGGUUAUAUAACAAUAAUUCACCGAAAUGGAGAUGGCUAGUUGUGGAUAUAUUAACCAAGCUGCGAAGCAGCGAGGUAAAUAUCCACCACUAGUCAGCAACACUGAGGGGAAUAAUAAUUAUUUAUUAUUGUUUUAGUAUGUACUAAAACAGUGAGAUAAUUGAGCACAAAAAUGAUGAUUUUUAACUCAAAUACUGUUGCCAACGAUUACAAUUUUGUCACUUUUUCUUGCCGACAAAUAAAACUUUUGAAGGCAUUUGUUUAGCUCUUGCGGGAAAAUUUCUUCACAAGGAGUUGUGAAUUCUUUUUGUAUUUAAAAUCAUUGUGUAAAAAAAGAUUAUUAAAUUUAGUUUUAGGCUUAUUUAUGAACAAGUCAACUAAAUAAAGUAAUGCACGACUUAAGCUUAAUUUGCAUUUGUAAACAAAAAACUUUGUCGUGGUUUUAUCGAUAAAUUCGAGUCAAAAAGACAAAGCUUUACCUGUUAAAACUUCCAAACCGAACUUCGUCACCUUCUUCAUGUAUUUCAGGAACAGCUUGCUUGAUUAGUUGUGAAAUUUCUUUGUUUGUUGCGGCAGCAAACCAGGAAGGCAUUUUGCUCGCAACUUAUGCGAGUUUGGCGUCGCUUGCUCGGAAGAACCUGGAGGUGAAUCAGUGAAUAGUGCAGUAUAUUCACUGAUUGAGUAGCUAAUCAGAGCACGCGAAAAACACUAUCCACUGUUUUAGUAUAUACUAAAUCCUUUUAUUAUAUGGCUACAAUAGUAUGUGCACUCUGAUUGGCUGUUUUCUUGUAAUGGCUGGGCAUUACUAGCUAGGUGUCCAAAGCAUAUACAAUCUGUGUUUAAUUUGAUACUGCACAUCCUUAUGGACAUCCAUGUUAUGGUCAAUUGACAGCUGUCAAAAAGGGUAUUCGCUGACCAGUGUCACCUGACUGUAUCGCAGGCUCAAGUGUACAACUCAUUGAGGUGACGUGUUUUUCGAAGUUAUCCACUGACCAGUUGUUGGUUUUAAUUGAUUGGAGGCCCAGGUCCAUAAUGAAAAGGCCAUAUAAUAACUUAUUAACCUUGUCUGUUCAUUCAUUACAGGGAAAUCUCAGAGAACGGCCUUGAUGUAUUGACCUCACUAUCACUCGGUCAAUACAUCAAGGCCUCGGUCUGAGAUUUCCCUGUAAUGAUCUCACUCUCGGUUAAUAAGUAGUAUGUUAACAAUCAACUUCACAGCAAAAUAUUCAGUCAUAUUUUUUGCUUUUCUCACUUGCAAAUCAGUCUCACCACUGGUCAUCUUCACCAAGCCAGUAAAAUUGUGAAGAAAGUGGAUUCAAAAAGUUGAUGGUUGGUUUUGAUGGGGUGAUUGUAUAGUAUUAAGUUCUUUGAAGAAUAAGCGUAUGACUGGACUUUUGUUUAGGCCAGAAAAACAAGAGUGUUGGUAGUAACAGGAUGGUCAUAUGACGGGUUUAGUUUUUAUCUCCACAAACAUUUGCAGAGAAAUUAAUUGGAAUCGGGUAGAAUUACUUAGUUUUUCUCAGGUCUUUUCAACUUCUUAAAGUGCAAAGUUGCUUGUUUAUGCCGUAAGGUAUUUUUUAAUGUUUUUAUUGUAGCCGUAUCAUCUCCCAAACAACCUCAUGCAAGCUCCAAACCUGUACCAGACCCACCAAGGGACCAUUCAUCUAUGGUGGAUCAUGUAAGAUUGAAUUUAACCUUUUCUUAAAUGCCACCACUAGCAAAUUAUCAAUUGCCUUCCAUUGUCGUCCUUUCCUUUAGUGAUUUUUAUUGGUCUAUAUCUCAGUCAGGCGAUCCAUACUGUUCAACUCCUCUGAUUUACUCUCUAUAACACAACAGAGCCUUUGAAUAUGAAAUUUUUGGCACUUUUUUUACGUGAUCUCAGAAGUUUAGUCAAAGGUCAACAAAAAGAAACAGUACAAAAGAGUCACCGAGGAAAAAUAAAGUAGAAAGUGAAGGUUGAAUAUUUCUCUGUCGUUCUCUAAUUUUUUCUCCAAGAGACCGCUUUGGUCUUGGUGCUGACCAUAAGAAAGGCUGGCUCUGGGGCCAAUUUUUUUUUUUUUAAGGCAAACGGCAAACGUCAGAUUCAAUUUGAGAUUUUCUCAAAAUAGAAAGUAAGCAGAUAAAACUGUCCCUAACAAUGAUAUUAUUCUUAGGGAUAAAGCUGGCGUGAAACUGCUUAUUUUCUUUUUUGUAAAACUAAUACGUUUGCCGUUUGGCGUAAACGUGGCUCUAAAUCUCUCUAAUGAGUUAACCAUUAAAACAGUGCAAAUGUUUUCAGGUAUAUCCUUUUGAGCAUUCUCUCUUGUUUUGAGUUAUUCAUUAUUUUGAUAAAUACUUCUUUUAAUUAUUUCAAAUCCGCUUAGCAACAAUUGGAACGACUUAACCAAUUAUCUGAAUCCAGUAACCACGAAGCUUCUCAUGUUCCUCAAGCCACAGAGGAACUGCCACAGGAGAUGUUUAAUGUAGAAGACGACGAGAGAGAGAGGUACGCUAUUGCAAUGCUAAUUAUUCAGUCGGUCGUAUACAAGUUCAGUUAUCAUGGCGAUUUUUCCUGUGACAGUUCAGCCUUGGCUAAACAAUCAAAGAUUUUAGCCCAGCUUCAUUCGGUUUGAAGAAAUUGUUAGGGGAGCAUGUUUGAUCGUUAAACCGUCUCUCUUAACCCAACAUUUAAAUUGUUUCCGAAGGUUUAUCUAGACCAAGCGUUUUCAUUCAACAGUUUGCUUGGCAAGUGUAUGGUCGAGUGUUUCAGCUAAAGCUUCCUACUGUACUAGAGGAGGUGGAAGCAGAAGCGGAAGAAAAAGGCAAUCGUAGUUCUUCGGCUUCUGCUUCUGACUCUGACGACCCACUUUUCACUUGAUCAAACCUAUCACAUGGAGUCUUGAGUUGAAUCAGAACCCUCUUAAGUAAAGUUCUACGCUUCUGAUUACGACUCCGACUCCGUCGCUAGCGAAAACCAGCCUUAGUAAGUGUUUCCCUCGAGGCCAGUCUUACAGUGUUAAAUCAAAAUGUCUUCGUUUGAAAUUUUUGCAGUGAAAACGACGAUUCUCCAGGAUCCUCUAGUUUCCAUGGUAAUAUAUAUGAGGGCGAUGACGAUCUAGUUAUUGACUUACAAGAAUAGAAGAGGUCAGGUGGACGCGUAGUUAUCCCAGAAAGAUUUUACUUAAACUUGUUUUGUACAUGGAUGGUACUUGAUCACCACGCCCCCCGUUUCUGACGCGAUGCUGUGUGCUUGAGCCGGAGAAGACACAGUUCUUAAUGUAUAAUUUUAUGCCUGGGACAUGUGGUCACACCAGACAAAGGUUGUGCGUUCAAGACUUUUACUGCUAAUGAUCAGAGAAUUUCCAUCCAGAACUAACAAGAAGACGGUCCAAUUUUCAGAAUACACAGCCCAGGCUACCUGGGAUUGUUAAGCGGCAACUUGGACACUCGUUUUAAAAUAUUUCUGCUCAGUCUUGUUCGCUCGUGGUAGUGUUUUAUGUAGCGAGUGCGCAGCCACAGGGGUGCUUGCGUGCUGGGAGAAAAGAUCACUGGACUGGACACUUAGUUUGAUAUAGUCGUAAGGAGUUAAGAGGCUCAAGAUUUUAGUCUGUUCACCGACAGACCUUCUAUUUCGUCAUGUGAGAAUUUGUAAAUAAAUACCGCGGGGGAUUUAUUGACCGCUAGCGCCAGGGGGCUGGGGUGGGUACAGACGUUUUUUUCCUUUUUCUCGUACUCCGCGUUCGUUCUCGCCCCUCACCCACGCUUUCGCGCCUAGCGCUCUCCCUUCGCUUGCGCGUUUGUUGAAUUCCUCAAAAAAAAGAGAAGAACGUCUAGAGAACAGACUUAGAUUUGAGUGCGAUGACUAGAUUGAAUAGUAGAUCCGAAGUCAGGUUUGUCCACAGUGCUCUAGUUCCUUCCUGUUCCUUUUAAUCUCUCCUACUCGUCCCCAUCUCUCUCGUUCGUUCCAGGGGACGAAAUGUAGAGGAGCCUGGUAGCCUGAGUAUCAGGCGUUUCUGGGGAAAAGGGGAAAGAUGGAAGCGAAAAAGGGAGAGAUCUAAAAUCUCCUCUCCCCUAGCCCCUUAGGAAGGCCUGAUACUCAGGCUAGGAGCAGGAAGCUGGGAAUGAAGUUGACUCGAACCUAAUCUCUCAUACUUACAGUUCUUUUAAACGCUAACCAAUGUCACUGAGUAAAAGGACAUGCUCUGUGGAGAUAUAGUGUUGUCUAAACUGCUAGAUGUAGUCUUCGUGGUAGGCUCAAAAAGGGGAGGGGGAGGAGAGGGUGAACAAACCCCUUCUUUUUCUCUUUCUCACCUUUCGACGCCUACCACGCAGGCUAGCUAGAUGAAACAAGACCUUUAGUUCUUAAUAAACUCUUUAUUUAACGUUUCUUUAUGUCACACUGUAAAUUGUGUAGGUCUAGUUCGGUCAUCUUUCUUUAAUGAAAAGUUUGUGUGGUACAUUCCAUCUCUGCGUGUUUCAGUCACUCUUGAAUUUUGCAGUCGGAUCAAAGCUUUUCGCAUAAGGAAAGUCGAGAAUGGAAAAGACCGAGAUGAAAUAAAACGACAAGAUGAUCAAAAACACCUGAGCAUUUUAGCGCCGGGAACAUCACGAAUAAAACGUGACAUACAGCUCGCAACCUAUAUACCGACCAACACCUCUAAACAUUUGUAUGCUUGGUUAGUUUUAUUUGUUUCGAGUACACAGAUAAAUAUAAGUUAGAAUUAAAGUUGGAACACUUGUGGCACAUACCAUUAAUAUUGUGGCUAGCAUUUUCCAUAGGGCAUAUCUGCUCGCACAUUCUUUAGUUUGCAAGAUAUCAAGGUGCUGUUAUCUCCCAGACUUCUGGCCUCUUUGGAGGAAUUGUUUUCCGGAAGAACAGCAUCAAAUUCACAGCGAUGGAGGUGACGGCGUUACAACAGCAAAUUCUGAAUGCCCAUCGAAGAUUCGCAGACGCGCAGUGGCGACUAAAGAUGGAAAACAAGCGAACUGACGAGAACGUGAAGUGGAUCAUUUCACACAGUCAACAGCUACACGAGUAUCAAGAGAUACUAGAAGAUAUAACUGAAACUUGGAAAGAGAAAGCUGAGAAAUUGCGACUUGUAUACAAAAGACUUGAGUUGCGUGGCCAAAUUGAGUUCAUCAAAGAAGGAUUGAAGAAAGCCAGGGAGCUGACUUCGAGUGCCGAGGAGAAAGUUAACAAAGUGGGCCAGGAAAUAGAGAAAAUGAACGAAGAAAGAUGGGAAAUUGGAGUUGUGGAUGAGAGGGAGAAUGACUUCUUUGUAAUUAAGGAAAGCCCUGACGAUGGAAUAGAGGAUUAUUUGGAAUCGCCGAGGCCACUGACUCAGGAUGAAAUAGAAUAUCAGGAGCUGAUAUUGGAGCGAAUUGAUGAUGCAAAUACACGAAUCAAGAUUGCCAACGAAAAGUGUGCUAGUUUGCAAUUGCGUAAACGAAAAAUAAUCGAGGAAAUUGAAAAUUAUAAAAAUCGAAAAAGAGACGCCAUCAAAGCACGACAGAGUCUCAAAGAAAAGGAUCAAAACGCAAACUUGAAGCUUUAUUUUGUGGAAUUUGGUAUUAUAUAA